CUAUCCCUCUAAGAGGCGUCUAAAGUGAUUAUUGUGGGCGCUUGUUGUACUUGAUCGACAACGAGGUUACCACGUGGGCCUGUUAUCUUGAACUUUGACUUGCAGGCUCCCCAGUCGCUGUUCUUGCAAGUCAAUUUCUCUGUAUAUAUGCUCUAAAACACCUUUUAUAACCUUGUGAAGCACCUCUACAAAAGAUGCCUUCACCUUUCUUCUCCGAUGGUUAUCAUUUUCCUUUCGCCCAACUACCAGUGCAUCCGCCAACUUACUUUCGAAACGGACAUACCAACUAUAUAAAUGGAUGGAUGGCCCCUUCUGGUGUCUUGCCUUUGAAUCCUAGUGCCCUACCUUCGUCUCCAGUAGCUGCCCAGGACCCUAGCCUUGUCGAUGUCUACUGGAAGGGACGACUGGCACCUUUACCAGGACAUAGCUCACCUCAAGAUCUUCUCGGCGGAAUCCUCCGAACGACGGAGGCUACCACUUCUGGUGUUUCUAUCAAACAGCCACCUGAAUCUAGAAGACAUCGGACGAGGCGGAAACGCGAGCAAGAACGAGGCGCUAAGAUUAAGCAGACCCUUGAGGAACACGGAAUGACCUCACCUACCACGUCGUCAUCAGAUGUGAAGUCUUUACCUCUUGACAAAUAUGCGGACGUCUUUGUACCUCAAUAUCUUCGAGACAUUCAACAGCAGCCGCAUCACUUCGAAGCCCUCCCCCCAUUACCAAUAUUCCCUUCCCCCUCUUACUGUCGCGAAAUUUGUCCAAACUAUAUGAUUGAUACACUCAACGAUGCAUAUCACCCUGAUCUCCUGUCCUUUGCCCCUCCCGAGCCUACCCUGCAAUUGCAAGGACUUACUGUUGAGAGAUAUCGCGAGCAUUGGAACACUCUCCUGGCAUGGGAGCUUGACCAGGUCACUGCUGAUAAAGAACAGAUCGUGCUAUGGAAAAUGGGCGUGCGCGUCAUAGAUUGGAAGGAGUCCCAAUUUUCUUUGGUGGUUUCCGGCAUACGUGAAAACCAUCCUCAUCUUGAAGUAGGUGACUUGAUUUAUCUGAGGCAGGUCCUCGUUAAGAAGAAGAGGGGUACUGGGCGGGCCUUUGAGGCCCGCGUUCUCACCCUUCGAAAGAGAGAAGGGUUCGUUCAUUUCUUUUGCCCUGGAUUGAAGUAUCACAUGCAGGUUUAUAUCCCGCCGGUUUUUGGCCGUGCCAUCGAAGAUGGUUUUCCUGUUUUCACCCCGGAUGACUCGUUCGAUCUGUCAUUCAAUGUCUCUUUCAUGCCCAGUGCGCGCCCAUUCAUUAGGAUGAAUGUGGCGACUAAUAUCAUGGCCGAAGCGCUGAACUCAAAUAAUAACAAAACUCGUUUAUUUUUUCAUCAGUGGCUAUUUCCCGAGGUUGAACAUAUUAAUAAGUCACCUCGGACGAGGGCCACUACAUCGCCGCUGAAAGAAAACUGGAUCGAUAAAGGUUUGAAUAGUGAACAGCGGCUCGCAGCCUUGCUUGUCUCUUCAUAUCAAUCCCCGGUCCCAUUUCUCAUUAGGGGACCUCCUGGUACCGGUAAAACUAGAACCGUAGUAGAAAUAGUCCAUCAAAUUCUUCGUGUCCAACCUGACGCCCACGUUCUCGUUUGCGCUCCGUCGAACCCUGCUACCGAUACCCUUGCAGAACGACUCGGCAAAGUGCUCAAACCUGACGAACUCUUCCGUCUCAAUGAUCAAAAUCGAACCUUUGCUGAAGUCCCUGAUUCCAUCCGACAAUUUUGCUACGUAGAAAAUGAUAAGUUUUCGAUACCAUCCCUCAAGAUCCUCAUGCGCUGCAAAGUUGUGGUGACUUCGUGUUUAGACGCUGGAAUUUUAACCGGCGCCCGCUGCACGAACAGUGUGCUGGGAGAGUUGGAGCAUUCCAUUGUCAAUGUCAUACACCCUACUCGCGCCCGUUCGAUUAAACCACACUGGAGUCAUCUCCUGAUUGACGAGGCUGCACAAGGGUCUGAGCCUGAACUACUGGUUCCGAUAUCGGUCGUUCUUCCAUUCUCCUGUCCAGAAGACCAGACGCCGUCAGAUGCUAGCAUGACUCCUCAGUUGGUGCUAUGUGGAGACCCGAAUCAACUGGGCCCAAUUAUAUUCUCUGAUCAUUGCCGCUCGAACAAUCUCGACAUCUCGCUCCUCGAACGUCUGUUUGAACGCCCAUUGUAUACAAAUGAACAAUCCUCGGUUCAUAGACCAUUUGUCAAUCUUGUCAAGAAUUACCGAAGCCAUUCGGCGAUCCUGAUGCCCCCAUCUGCGUUGUUCUACAAUGACACAUUGGAGCCAUGUGCACACGGAAACGGUGUCGUAGUGUGGUCCGGGCUUCCGAAUGUCAAGAUCCCGCUGACGUUCAUUGGAAGCACGAGUUUGGAAGAGUGUAUCGACGAGCGAGAGACUUGGUAUAACACAGGCGAGAUAGACCUCGUGGUGAGUACCAUCAAAGGUCUGUUGGCCGAAGGGGCUAUGUCGGUACCACCUAUUGCUCUGAGGCAUAUAGGAGUGAUGGCCCCUUGGCGCGAACAGGUUUGGAAGUUGCGGGAGAGACUGCGGAAGGAAGGAUUAGGUAAAGUUGACGUUGGAUGUGUCGAGGAUUAUCAAGGAAGGGAGAUGAGGGUAAUCAUACUCUCUUGUGUACGAGCAAGGACGAGAUUUAUAGCGGAGGACAGUGAGAAGGGCCUGGGUCUUAUCCAUGAGAGGAAAAGGAUGAAUGUCAGUAUCACGCGAGCAAAGGAGCUAUUGAUCGUCAUCGGCAAUGCACAGCUCAUGGGGCAGGAUCCUUAUUGGAAGGGUUUCUUGCAGUUUGCCCUAAGGAACAAGUUGUAUAUUGGUCCAGACCUGAACAUUGAAAUGGAUGGAAAUUACAUAUCCAGACUGGAAUCUAUGAUGAUAACUGAAGGUUUAAGCGAAGAAGAACAGGGCGUUUUAACUGCCGGAGGUUUAGCGCGAGAGCUUUUGCGGGAGGGUCAUCAAUGGAAAAUUAUAUUCCCUCCUUCACGCCGACGUUUGGAGCUCUACAAUUGUUCUAAGAACAACAUCUCUUCAAAACGGAAUGGGGAACCUGGAGAACAAGACCUUGUCAGUUACGCUGGCCCACUCCAAUCACGGCUAUACAUUCCCGGCAGAAAGGCCCGAUCUGUAACCUUCACGCGAUAUCUCAAGCUCUUUCUGGAACAAAAAAUUAUGUGUGCUGGCGGUACUACCGGCUUGAAGAAUGGCGUUGUUCUACAGUUGAAGAGGAUCCGGGGAAGAAUGAGUUACUACCAUGCAUCACGCGCGUGUUUCGGAGAACGUUAA